AUGGACCAAAAAGCAAUUGUCCUUGAUAACUCUAAAAGUGGUAGUAAACAGACAAAAUCGAGUGGCAAAAUGCAAACGCAAACAGAUACUAAUGCUGAAGUUCUAAACACCGAUAACAGUAUCAAAAAAGAAACAGGAAGUGAUUCUGAGGAUCUUUUCAAUAAAUUUUCAAACAAAAAAACGAACAGGAAAAUACCCAACAUCGCUGAAGAAUUAGCGAAAAACAGAAACUACGUAAAAGGUGCGUCUCCGUCUCCCAUUAUAAUUUCUGGUUCCUCUUCAACUUCUCCAUCAGGACCCUCUUCCUCCAGUACAAACCCGAUGGGGAUACCAACGAAUCGAUUUAAUAAAAAUACUGUAGAACUAUAUCAGCAUUCACCAUCCCCCGUGAUGACUACUAACAAGACUGAUACAGAGGAAAAGAGACAAAACAAUAGAAAUAUGGAUAAUAAAAACACCCCAGAAAGAGGAUCUUCUUCCUUUGCUGCUAAGCAACUAAAAAUAUCAUCCUUGUUAACUAUAUCCUCCAAUGAAGAUAGUAAAACUUUGCAUAUAAACGAUACUAAUGGCAACAAAAAUAGUAAUGCCGCCAGUAAUAAUAUUCCAUCGGCUUAUGCAGAACUCCAUACAGAGGGAAAUAGCAUUGAAUCACUAAUAAAACCCCCAAGCUCUCCCAGAAAUAAAUCUCUAACGCCCAAAGUUAUCUUGCCAACACAGAAUAUGGAUGGUACAAUUGCAAAGGAUCCUCAUUUAGGUGAUAAUACACCAGGAAUACUCAUAGCAAAAACUAGUUCUCCCGUAAAUUUGGAUGUUGAAAGCACUGCACAAUCUCUGGGAAAAUUUAACAAGUCCACUAAUUCUUUGAAAGCUGCCCUAACAAAAGCUCCUGCAGAAAAGGUCUCUUUAAAACGUAGCAUUAGUUCAGUUACAAACAGUGAUUCUAAUAUUAGCUCCAGCAAAAAGCCUACGUCUGAAAAAGCUAAAAAAUCAAGUUCAGCAUCAGCAAUACUACCAAAGCCAACAACGACCAAGACAUCAAAAAAAGCUGCUAGCAAUAGUAGCGAUUCUACCAGAAAAAAAAACGCCUCGAACAAGACUACAUCAGCCAUAAAGAAAGAGUCAAAUGCCGGCUCCAAAUUGAACACUGUUAAGAAGGAAAAUAGCUCUUUAUCUUCUAUCAAAGCCACUGAGAAAGAAAAAGAUAAAGGUGGAAAUAGCACGGAAGCAAAAAACUCUACCAGCAACGUUAGAAAGGAACCAACUGCAAAAUCCCCAAAAAGGUUAGUAGCCGCACCGACAGUCAGUCCACCAAAAAUUCUACAAACGGCAGAAACCAAAGCAAAGGAACCCUCGAUAUUGAUUGACGUUCCAUUGUAUCAAGCUGAUACAAACGACUACCUAGACGAAAACGGUCAGGUUAUUUUUAAUUUAUCAACUUUAAUAAAAGAGAAGUAUCACCCGAAAAGUAAAGAACUAGCACAACUUAAAGACUCUAAAAGAAAUUUAUUAAUGCAAUUAUCCGAUCAUUCUAACGGCUCACUAGAAAAGGAAAAAGAUGAAGAAGGAGAUGUAAUAGAACUUGAUGAUGAUGAGGAUAUGGAAGAAGAUGAAGGGGAAAUAGAUACAGAAACUAAUACUGUAACUACCACCAUCUCUCCGAAGAAGAAGUCGCAUCCUAUGAAAGGUAAAAAUUUGAUUGGUAAAUAUGACGUUGAAGAUCCGUUCAUUGAUGAUUCGGAGUUAUUGUGGGAGGAACAGCGUGCUGCCACCAAGGACGGUUUUUUUGUUUACUUUGGUCCAUUAAUCGAAAAAGGUCACUAUGCAAGUUUGGAGCGUGCAAAUGGUACCAUGAAAAGAGGUGGUGUUAAAAAUAAAUAA